GGGUGCUCCCGGAAGCGGAACCUGAGCUCGGCGCUGCUGGCAGCGGACGCGCCGCCGGCGCCGUUACCGCCGCAGGAUGAACGCGCCGCCGGCCUUCGAGUCCUUCCUGCUCUUCGAGGGGGAGAAGAAGAUCACAAUUAAUAAGGAUACAAAAGUACCAAAUGCCUGUUUGUUUACAAUCAACAAGGAAGACCACACACUUGGAAAUAUUAUUAAAUCGCAAUUACUGAAAGACCCUCAGGUGUUGUUUGCAGGAUACAAGGUCCCACAUCCUCUGGAACAUAAAAUCAUCAUUCGAGUUCAGACCACUCCUGAUUACAGUCCCCAGGAAGCUUUCACCAAUGCUAUCACGGACCUGAUCAGUGAACUCUCCCUUCUGGAGGAGAGAUUCAGGGUUGCCAUCAAAGAUAAACAAGAAGGAAUUGAAUAGAACGUGAAGCUUAGAGUGGACUUUUUUUUUUUUUUAAAACCUGGAUUGUGUUAUAAAUUUUGUUUUCAUUAUAGUGGAUGUGACUACUUCGUUGAACAAGUUCUUUAAGGAUUAUUUUUAACUUUUUCAGUAAGAAUUAAUGUCUCUAAUAACAGUGGCUCUAAAUUCACUUAUUUGUAGUUAGUUUGCCCAGAGAAAGCAGCGUUUUGAUUUCUGUACAGGAUAAAUUAUUUGCAGGUAGGAUGGUAAGUGUCUGAGAAGUCUUGUAUCAGUUGAGCUAUUAAACUUUUUUCAAAGCUGUG